AUGUCGCAGAUAUCAAGCAACGCGGCGGGGCUGUCGUCAAGAGCGGCAUCAAGCCGAAGAAGGCGCUCAAAUGGAAGCAACAGAACCCGCGAAUACGCCGCUGCCAACCCGACGCAAGGAUUUCCGGAGGACAAUCCGCAAGUGUACGAGUUGUACUGGCCCAAGUCGCAGGUCGAUGCACGCUCGUCUUACGUUGCAAACAAGCAUGUAUGGAGGGGCAUUAAAGGUGCUGCCAUUCCUCAAGGAGAGCUCGGCUUGCAUCAUGCUUCGGCCAUUCUUUCGCCUGAAACGCCACGGUGGCGUCGACUUUUGCAGGCGAGCAAUUGGGUUUUCGACACGGAGAAUUCCGACUUCAUCGGGUGUUCGCUGGGCCAUGAUAGCAAGCUGCCGGACCCUACGCAUCACCACCUACCGCUCUCGUCGACCAUGACGUCCACCCCAUCCGUUGAACUGGGCGGCAUGGUGCUCUGGCGCUGCGACUUGGUGCACUCUGGGGAGUCGGUGCACACCGGCGCGUCCGACGCGUCCGUUAUAUACAUCCCCGCGAUCCCCCCUCUCACGUUGCCCAACAUGUGCUACAUCAUCCAGGACCGGUGCGGGCACUUUACGCGCGACAAGACGUCGGCGAGAUUGUUCCCGGUUUCUGCCGGCAAAUGCGAGUUUGUCGGUCGCGGUACGCCGACGGACGUCAAGAAAGAGAAAGAAGCUUUUGAGAGCUUGCAACGAUGUGGCGUCUGCGUAGUUCGAAGUUGCAGACCCCCUUACCCAUUGUAG